UAAACCGCAACAAAACGUGUAACUCCACGGGGCGGAGCUGGCGGAUCUAUGUGGACCGACGAGACUGGUCACAAGAUCGAGUCCGACCUUGAGCGAGGAGCAGGAAUUGUCGAGACCCAGGGCGGUUUAGCAGGGGCCUAGCGCUAAGGGCACUCGCGCGCGCGCCAUGGCUGGCCCUACUGGGAGGGUUGCAGCGGCGGCGGCGGGGGACGUUGCCGCUCCACCCCACGGAGUACACGUUUUGUUGCGGUUUAGCCUUUCGGGAAUCCUUAGCGCUAAGGAUGCCCGAAAGGCUAAACCGCAACAGUAAGACAUGUUGGUGCCUCCCCGGGCUCAGGGAGUCGCUGCAGUCUGUUGCUGGAGACGAAGCGGGCAUGCAAUCUGUCCGCGUCGUCCAUAGGUCCCUGCCGGUCUUCGUGUUUGAGUACUGCAUUGAAAUCGCCACCAAUAAUGACGUAUUCCCCAGCAGCAGAGGCAUUCUUUAGAGUGGUCUCGCAGUAUUGGUAGAUGCGGCGGCGCGUUGGCAUGUCUUCUGGGGCAUAAUUAAACGCCAAGUACAUGUAGGGGGGUGCUGUGUGGCGUGCGGAUGGUGCAGUGCAAAAGGUGACCCUGGAGGUUGGAUGGGGUGUUGGGCGUGUCGAUACCGCCGCCUGAGUGGUAUUUCUUUGAGAUGGCCAUGACCACUCCUGCAGAGCGGCGCUUGUAGUGCUCUGUACCUGGCUUCGUGGAUGUAAGGGUGCGGUAUGCUAGUGUUUCCUGGCGGAGGGUGUCUUUGAGCCAGCGGGUGCGAGGGCCAAGUUUAGUCUCAGUGAAGAUCACAAUGUCUGCGUUCCAUUCCCGCAGGUGGCAUAAGGUUGAGAGCAGAUUGAUUGGUGCCUAGUCCUCGCACGUUGUGGGUGGCGAUGUGGAGCCAUGUGGGCUCGGGUGGGGUGUUGGGGGGUUGGCCGUCUGGGGGGUGUCCGGUGGGGAGUGUCGGCGGCAUGGCUUGUGGGGCAGCCCUGAUGUGGGUGGUGGGACUGUCUGGUGGGUCCGGGCGGUGGCGUUGUUGUGGCCGGGCUGCGCUUGUAGGGGUUUCAGGUCUUCUGCGGGGGGAUGGCGAUAGGCGGGUUAGCGCGCGUAGUGCAGUGGUGCCAGCUGUGGUGACAUUGGCUGUAAGGACUUGCACCCAUGUUUGGGGGGGCUGGCGGGGGUCGCUCGGGGGCUGCGGCGGGCGGGUGGUUGGCUUGCGGGGAGGUGGGAGCUUGAUGUGCGUUCCCAUUAUUGUGAGUGGUUGCUCGUGCCUGUACGUGCGCUCUCGUGGGGCUGCGGGGGCUGCCCUCUGCAAGGUGCUCGUUGCGGCGCUGCCGUUCUGUGGGGCGGGCGGCGCUAUGGGGGGUGGCAGGGCGUUCAUCCUCACGGUGGUGUGCCUGCGGCAGCGUGGCUGCCGGUUGUGGGACUCCGUUGGCGUCGGGCUGGGGGCCGUGGUUCUGACUGGGGUUGGGGUUGCGCAUAAGAAGGGUCGGAAUGGUGGGUUGGGUGUGUGCGCGUGGUGGGGGCGGCUGGGCUCUAGCUUCCAGUGGCGCUGCGGCAGUGGCCGCCUCGGUGAGUUCUUGCUGCUGAGGGUUGGUGGGUCGUCUGGCCAUGGCACUCAAGGUUUGUUGGAUGGGUCCUUUGCGAACCCUGGGGCGUGUGGGGGGCGCGGGUGGGGGUGGUGGCAUGGGGAGGCCCUGGACAGUGGGGUACGUUGCCGGCUCGCAGGGUGUGUUAGGAUGGUGCGGGUGCAGGCAGAAUAUAUCUCCUUUAAUUGCGGACCAGAGGUCUGGUGUCAUGGGUUUCCGGCCCACUCUUACUAAGGAGUCGACUAGGUACUAGGUAUCAUUUUCUUUGCGUACGGCGUAGGCAUGGCCUCCGUCAUGCACCAUGAAGCCUAGGCCUCGGGAGCAAUCAGGGAGUAGCCCCAUAAUGGUUUCUUGCGAGUGUCCUGGCGCUAGUGUCCUUGCCACUACACGUAGGAGUAGUCGUGUCCCUGCAUCGUCUAGAGGUGCCGGGCGAUGUCGGAGGUAGUGGUUGAUGGCAGAUUCGUGGAAAAGCCCGUUGUGGCGAGAGUGGUGGGCCCAGAGGGUGUGAAGCAUUGGUGAGUCUGCAAGCGCAGCGUGUGUGACUUGGCAGAAGGCGAGCACGGCUGAGUAUUGCAGCCACGGUGUGCCGAGCAUGUUGUUGAUGGCAUGGACAGUGCAAAAGUUGAGGUGCUGCUGUUCCCUGAAGAACGUGGGUUGUAUUUGUCUGGGCCACUGGAGGCGUUCUGGUGUAUGUGUGUCCAGGUUCAGGGGGUGCGGUGGUAGUGGGUGUGGUGCGGGUUUCCACCUGCUGAUCGCCCCCUCGGAGCUGUAGGGGCACUGGCACGGGGCUCCAUGUGUUUUGUAACAAAGUCAGAGGCCAGGUAGUUGGAGUCUGGUAGUGUGAUGGGGUUGGUGUAGGGCACGUUGAAUGCACGGUAUCAUCAAGCAGGUUUUUAUAUAUUGAAAUCUUUGCUUGUGUGGCGUAGGUUUCCAGGAGGGGGGCCGUGUGUGUUUGGGCGAACAUGGAUAUGAGGUGGGUUAGGCGCGUGUCCGUAAAGGGGGCAUGAGUGAUGGGCGUGAGUAGGUGUGUAGCUGCGCAUGUGAUGGCCGGUGUUAGGAGUGGUAUUUCAGCUGUGUGUUUGAUACUGGCAAUAAGCAGGAGUAUGGUUAGUAGGUUUCGCGUGAAGGUAACGGGCCUCUUGGCUAGGGCGCGGCAUGUGAUGUAUAGUGGGAACCCAGGGACAGCGAGAAUCAGACCGCGCGUCGUGUGUAUGGUAGUGUAUGUGAGGUGGCCUACGAGGAGUAGGUUGAAGGUGGUGGUGGUGUGUUCGUGCGUGCAUAUCAUGAGUAUUAGCGGCUGGAGUAGCAUGAAUGCUGCAAGACAUGUAAAGGUCAUUGUUAUCAGGUGGGGCACUGUCCGUUUUGUCAUGGCUGCGAGGAACCUGCUAGUAAUUUGCAUUCCUCCAUCCGUAGAGCGCCAGAGAGCAGCUUGGGAUCCAGAGGGAGGCCCAGGCUGCAGUAUGCCAGCUGUAGUUCAGGAGGCGGGCUAUGAUGCUGCUGAGGUGGGUCAGGAUGAGGGGCACCCCUCUGCCGGUGGUUGCCAGGGUGAUACGGACAAGGGCCAGGAAGAUGUGGAAGCCUCCCACUGUAGCCCAGCAUGUGGCGCUGACAGCGUGUGUGGUGGUAAGGAUCAGAGUUGUUAUCAGGGGAUCUGCCGUUGGGUGCAUGCGGAGAGUGUGUAUAGGGUAAGGGCCCAUCAUCGAA